UUUCCUCUUCUUUUUGUCUUUUCUUUUUCUUGGUUGCACGUCGCCCGACAUCUUGAGUCGGGACUAAAUUCGAAUAUUAUCGAACACCAUAAAAUUUUUCUCGCGAGUAUUUUUAACGCGAAGCAUCCAGGCCAAUCGGCAAGCUGUUCGAUGUUCGGUCUCGACGAAAUUGCACGGAAACACCUGAAAUAAGUUUUUACAUUUAUUUAUACUUCGGCAAUAUUGUUGUUUAUCGAGUGCUUCAAUCCAGUUUAUUAAAUCUAGCAAGCAUUCAAAGGGUUUGCCGGUGUGGGUGGUGGGUCUAUUUUUAACCAAAUUUGUUGCGCAACUUUUCGCAAAACAAGAUUCACGCCGAGAAAAUAGUUGCUGUGUACUUUAAGUGAGAAGUAAACACACAAUUACAAUCAACAAUAUGGAAACAUUGCAAAUGCAUAAUAAGGCUACUUGAAAUAGGAAACACGCGCUACCAGGCCGGUGCACCGCGGUGAAUGAAACGCGCUAGAAGAAGCAAACGCAUACACCCUCAGCGCAAAUAAAAGCAAGAGGGUGAUAUGUGUCGCGUGUGGUAGCCGUCGCCGGGUGGGGGUAGUUAGGUGGGGGUAAAAACGUGGCAGAACGGCGUUAAGGCCGACGGCUGAUCAACAGGGCACAACACAUUCAAAGUUCUUGCAUUCGAUGAAACACGCGUCCCACUAAAACUGCAAACGGCCGACACGCGCUCAUUUCCGAUACUCUACUUAGUGCCACAAGUGUCUCAGUGAAAGUGACAAUUAUGGACCACAAUCUUUCGCAGAACACGCCGCUGCACUGGGGAUACUCCGCCAACAACCCGGGCUCCUCCUGGCAGCCCGUGAGGGCCUCCAAGAGGCCUCACUCAGAGAGCGACGAUUGCGACGAUGUCUUUUCCGAAGACUCCAAAGAACAGUGCACUUCACCAGGUGACCCUGACAGUUGUCAAAUGAUGUCCCGGAAAAAACGCCGAGGUGUCAUCGAAAAGAAGCGCAGAGAUAGAAUAAACAUGUCCUUGUCCGAACUCAAAAGACUUGUUCCUACCGCGUUCGAAAAACAAGGAUCAGCGAAGUUGGAAAAAGCUGAGAUACUGCAAAUGACUGUCGAUCAUCUAAAAAUGUUGCACUCUAAAGGUUUGGAUUCUUUCGCCUUCGAUCCUCACAAGUACGCUAUGGAUUAUCACGGCAUGGGAUUUAGGGAGUGCGUGGCCGAGGUGGCUAGAUAUUUGGAGAGAAUUGAAGGUUUAGACGUGCAGAACCCGUUAAGGUUGAGAUUGACGAGUCAUUUGCAAUGCUGCGCCGCUCAGAGAGAGUUGGCUACAAAACAGCCGGCCGCGACGACUUGGGGGUACGGCGGUGCGCAAAAUUACACGCCUUUGAACCCGUUGCCGCCGUCGCCGGCGUCGAAUCACUCUUUGAACCACCAAUCGGCGCCACCUCCGAUUCACCAUCAGAACAUGCACGACUUGGGGCACUUUGACGUGUCGACGUCAUGCGCACAAACCACGGUGCCUGCAGCUACCAGCGACUCAAGCCGUUUAGCUCCGUCAACCUCAACGUUAACUCCGUUAACGCCGUUGACUACUACUUCCGCUUCCGCUCUCCACUACGGUCACCAAUACCCGAACAGUUUUUCCAUCCCGCCUUCGAACCAUCACCAAAAUUACGGCCAGAGUAUACCCACGUCCCAGGGAAUGAAGCCCUAUAGGCCGUGGGGUGCCGAAGUAGCCUAUUAGCAAGAGUUUUAGUAGGAUUUGUACAGUGAAAUUAAGUGCCCCUCCAGUGUUUUAAACCGCUUGCCAUUUCAUAUGCUUUACACGCCACAAGGAGGUUUUAGUCAUUAUGUACCUAAUUUUAUUUAUUAAUCUAAGUAGGUUAAGUUUAGUCCACAGCCACACAGGCCUAUUUUUGUAAUAUAUUUAUUAUAUGAUCUCACUAUAGUGACGAGUAUUGUGAUUUUUAUCAUUAUAAGCAA